AUGGACGUUUACAAAGCCAUAUUUAUUACAUUCUGCAUAAAAGUAGUGGUAAGUAAGCUACGAGACUUCGCCACCUGUCAUGAUAACUUCGAGUUGAAGCCUGCCGACGGCGUCCUGGAGCCUCACACAUUUACAUGGCUGGGCGCCGUUUACUACGUACAUGUGACGACAUCACUGCCGCAUCAAUCGGUGGCGCCGCGAGUUGUGCUCGUUCACAAACAGUUCGUGCUAGGGACUGCAAAGGAUCUACUCAAGCUGCCCAAGAAUUAUAAACUGGGUCACGUAAUAUUCGGUGAUUAUGAGCGUGACGAAGACGAAUGCGGCCUCACCCGCGAGCAGCUCAAGAUGAACCAGAAAUGCUCUCGCGCCUACAUCGUAAUGCCUCAUCAAGAAGUAAUAGCGCAUCCAGAGUAUACUAGAUUCGGUAUCGCCAACAGCUUAGCCGUUGUCAAGUUAGUGCGUCCAUUAAAAUCUUUUUACAUGCUCCCGAUUUGUUUGCCAACGUUAGUUGAGCGAAGAGUCAAACGAAGAAACAAAGCCGUUUUUCUGAUCGACUACUUAAACCCCGUUCCAAUUGAUUUAGACGGAGAACGAAUGGCCAAAAAGACUUUAAAGGUGUUCCCUCACAAAGAUUGCAUCAGGCACCGUAGAAGUAGUCUAGGAGGAGGUGUCUCCCAUGAGCUGUGUACUACAGGAUGUGGUAUUCGGCCCGGUGCUCCUAUUAUUAGUCAAGAUGUUGACGGGUCCUUUCAACUGAUAGGGCUGUCGGCGGGCAGUCAGCCCUGCAGGAUCCACACCAUGAGGAGUCGCCUGAACGAUGAUCCGCCCUUAUUCAUCGACGUCUUCCCUUACGUUACCUGGAUCAUGAAUGUGAUCUCAGCUAGUAUUGUACCGCGCCCUUUUCCUGGAAAGUUAAUGCUUACCGAAGGAGGUUCAAGUAUAGGGAUACGACCAGGGUUUUUAAGACAAUCGAAAAAACAGAAGUUUGGGUGGAGAGGGCGCAUGUUCGUGUCCGGAAACUAUUGUUACAUGAGCCCCAAGCGCCAAAGGAAAACUGCAUUCUUCUACAUUGAGAAGUUUUCUGUAAAGGCUGGUCCAGAAGCCAAGGUCACAGUAUAUAUAAGGAUUUCUGCGGGUAUACAGUGCACUAUAACUUGUGCCCGUCUAAUAAUACCGAAUCAUAAAUCAACGCCAAUCAUCGACGGUGUCGGUGGCUUCAAUAUAUCGGUCCAACUGGAUACUAAUUGGUUUCCCUCCAGGUUUUUCUUCACACUCGGCCUAAGCGGCAAGAAUACGUCUGCAGAUAACUUAAGCAAGUGGUGGUCACAACGUAACCCGCAAGGAAUGUGGUGAAAAAAUACAUCCGCGUCUUUAUAUCCUUAUUUUAAUGACAUCUGUUUUUUAUUCACAGCCAUCUAUUGAAUCCAAAUUGUGACAAUAGAAUGUUAAGGUCUGAUCUAAAUUAGUUGUAAACAAAAAAAAUAAGCCCGAUUGACAGCAUGCUAACAUACUUGCGAUAAACAUUACACUCCUGUGAGUUUGGCAAAAAAUAAAUGUUUCUAGUAAUUUGUUUUUGUUACAUACAUCACAAUGAAGAGACGUCAACAGCUUUAUGAGUCAGACUAAAGUGUUAUACGGGCGUCGACUCCGACUCCGAGAUACCUAUUCUAGACGACGUUAAAUAAGAACCCUAUUUAUUUACUG